GUAUUUCCACCUGAUGAGUAACACCUAUAUAGUUUUAUAUAUCUCUAAACAAUAUUAGAGAGUUGAUACAUGGCUUUAAGUGGGAAAGUGGAGACUGAAAUAGAGAUUCAAGCAUCUGGUGCUAAGUUCUAUAAUAUAUUUAGAAAGCAACUAGAACAUCUUCCUAAUAUCGCCACAGAAGUACAUGGAGGUAAAGUGCAUGAAGGUGACUGGGAAAAUAUUGGUUCUGUCAAGCACUGGGAAUAUACAAUAGAAGGAAGAAAACAAAGUGCUAAAGCGAAAAUUGAGAAUAUAGAUGAUGACAAUAAGAUAAUCAUAUAUAGCUUCUUUGAUGGGGACGUGAGUGAGAAUUACAAGAGUUUAAAGGCAAUAUUACAAGUGAUUCAUAAAGAACAUGGUGGUGGAAUUGUGAAAUGGACUUAUGAAUAUGAGAAGCUAAAGGAGGAAAUUGCAGGUUCAUCUCCUGAUUCAUACUUGGACUUUGCUGUAAAGCUCAUAAAAGAUAUUGAUUCUCAUCUUGUCAAGGAAUAGCAACAAAGAUGAACAAGGAUGAAGUGUGUUUGGCUUGAGUGUUAUUGCAUAUUAAAUAAACUUUUUGGUGAUGAAUGUGUUUUAUAUAUGGUACUAGACUCUGUUUAUUACAUGUGUUUAUGAUAUUUAAUUAAUUAAUAAUUUGUCUAAA